UAAGGUAGUAUCUUCUUUAGUUUGUUGCAAAGGAAAAGGAGGAGGAGGAAUAAAAAUGGGCAGCACCACCACCACCCAGCCAUGUUAUUCUGAUCCAUCAUCAUCAUCAUCUCCGCCAACUCCACCAACCCCUCUCCCAAUCAGUGUAGGACCUGGUCAUCACAAGUACUGCUUCUCUUCAUCUCCCACUCCAACGCCGCCCUUUUCACCCCCUCUCUCCACCCAUUCAUCCUUUGAAAGCCUCACCCUCCUACACACAAACCCGUCUGAUCCAUUGCUGCAGCCAGCUGCAGCAGCUCCGUUGGCUUUUUCCUUGGAUUACCAGGCCCACCCAGGGCACGAUUCUAAAAGCUCAUGUCUCAAAGACUUGUUAGAAUGGUUGGUGCUCAAAUGUUGCAGGCAUUGUUCCUUGUGUCUCUGACUUCCCACUCAAGUUUUAACAUCCCCAAGCUUGAAAUGCUGCAUUCAAUCCUAACGCCAGGUCUUUUAUGCAAGGCGUAUACGCUGCUUUCUGACAUGCCACUUGAAUCAUUGUAGCAAAACUAUCUAUCUUGUUCAUGCAAACUGAAAUUUAACUC